AUGGCUGAUAGUGCUGUUUCCUUCCUGCUACAGAAGUUGUCACAGAUUCUUGUUGAUGAAGCAAAACUUAUUUCAGGAGUGGAGAACAAAAUCAGAUACCUCACAAAUGAGUUUAAGUUUAUAGAUAUCUUCCUAAGGAGUUGUGUGGGAAAACGCAGCAGCAAGAUAGUUGAAGAAGUGGAAAAGCAGAUCAGAGAUAUUGCCUAUGAAGUUGAGGAUUUGAUGGACACCUAUGUUGCCAAUGCCGCGACACACAGAAGCAGAAACAUGUUGAGCAAAUUACUCUGCUGCAUAAGUCAUGUGAUGAUACUUCAUGAGGUAGAUUCUGAGAUAGAAAGGAUCAAAGCUACUAUUAAUAGUAUCUAUCAAAACAAGGAUAGAUACAGCAUUGGAGAAGGAGAGUUCAAGUGUAGAGAUGACACUGAAGAAUUGAUUCGUAAAAGAAGAAGAGAUGUAGAGGAAGAAGAAGUGGUUGGAUUGCUUGAUGACUCGAGCUUUGUCCUUAAACAGCUCAUGGAAACAGGUUCAUGCUGCAGUGUUGUUUCUAUAACCGGUAUGGGGGGAUUGGGAAAAACUACACUUGCUAGAAAGAUCUAUAAUAAGAAGGAAGUUGGAGAGGUUUUUCCUUUUCGCGCAUGGGGUUAUGUGUCCAAUGACUAUAGAGUUGAAGAGCUUCUUCUGAGCCUUCUCAAGUGCUUGCUAUCCACCUCUGAAUACAAUGGUUUAUUUGAGAAGAGGCAUGAUUAUGAUGAAGAAGAAAUGAAAGAGAAAGUGAAGGAGAGUUUGAGGGGGAAGAAAUAUCUUGUGGUGUUGGAUGACAUUUGGAAAACACAAGUUUGGGAUGAUUUGCAAGGAGUCUUUCCAAAUGACAACAAUGGCAGCAGAAUACUGAUAACUAGUCGCGAUAGAGACGUGGCUUCCUACGCCGGUAGAAUGCCUCCCUGCCAACUUUCCUUCUUGGAUGAAGAAGAAAGUUGGCAGCUCUUUUGUAAGAAGGUGUUUCCGGCGCAGGAUUGCCCCUCUAAUCUAAGAGGUUUAGGUAAGGAGUUAGUUGGAAGUUAUAAAGGGUUACCACUUGCAAUCAUAGUGAUGGCAGGACUUGCCAAGAAAGGAAUAUCACAAAGAGAGUGGUUGAAAAUCAAAGGUAAUGUGAAUCAACAUUGUGAUGAUGAAAAUGGGACUAGAGUUGUGGAUAUUCUAAAACUUAGCUAUGAUAGCUUGCCUCAAAGAUUGAAGCCUUGUUUUUUGUAUCUUGGAAUCUUCCCUGAAGACUAUGAGAUUCUUGGCAGAGAACUAAUCAAGCUGUGGAUAGCUGAAGGGUUCAUACAAGUAAAAGAAAUCGGAAAUUCAGAUGUGCCAGAACCAGAAGAUAUUGCAGAUCACUAUUUAGAUGAGUUGGUGGAUCGUAGCUUGGUACAAGUGGCAAGUAGAAGGAGUGAUGGAGGUGUGAAAACAUGUCGAAUCCACGACCACCUCCGUGACCUCUGCAUAUCAGAGGGAAAGGCUGAUAAGUUCUUGGAGGUUCGCCGAGGAUCAAACAUCCCUCACCCUGCUGGGAUAAGCAAUUCUCGAAAGUUGUCCAUACAUUGCACAACAGAGUUUUCUUGGCAUACAAGAAACAUAGGUAAUCAAUCUUGCACUCGUUCUUUGUUUUUCUUUGCUCAUGGAAAGAGGGUCCAGAAUCUUACACUGAAAGAUUUCAAGUUGGCUCGCAUAAUGUAUCUUACAAAUGUAUUAGGAUGGAGAAUAGUUGUUCCUAUACCUAGUGAUUUGAAAACCAUGAUCCAUCUAAGGUACUUGAGAAUAGAUUCCUGGGUUAAAAGCAUCCCAGAUUUUAUAUACAACCUCUAUAACCUGGAAGUAAUAGAGUUAUGGAGUAAAAGCAUACUAAUCUUGUCUAGUAAACUAUGGAAGCUUAAGAGGCUAAGACAUUUGCGCGCGUGGCCAUUUAGACUUGCAUCACAAGGUAUGUCAAGCACAAAUGGUAAAACAAUGCCAAAUCUGCAAACCCUCUUGCUGAUUCAUAUUGAUCCACAAUUGGCAUCAAUGAUAAGAAAUGGAAGCUUUCCCAAUCUGAAGAAACUUGGUUUGGUUCAAAGGGGUGAAGAUAACGGUGACAGAUAUUCAGUGCGUGAAUUACAAUGCUUGCAAUGCCUAAAGAGUCUUGGCAAACUUAGAAUAACUGGCACAUCAAAGCUUCCAUCAGAGGCAAGUGUUUUUCCACCAAAUCUUACCAAGGUUACUUUGAGUCGUGUCAAACAAUUCGAUUCGAGUUGCAUGAGAGUUCUUGGAAAGCUUCCUAAACUCCAAAUCUUGAAAAUAAGGGGUCCUGAAAUUGUUAGAGGAUCUCAUGACAUUCAUUUUGCCAUUGAAGAGUUCCCAUGCCUUCAAGUUUUCAAGAUGAUUUGGAUGUCUCAUGUUGUAACUUGGACAUUAGACAAAGGAGCAAUGCCUAGUCUUCAAUAUUUGGUCAUAGACUGCUCCUAUUUGAAGCAGCUUCCUCAAGAACUAUUGUCCUUGGCUACUUUACAAAAAGUCCAUGUUAUUCAACCACAUUCUGAAUUGAGAAACAGUCUCCAACAUGUUGUGCGCAACAAUGGCUGUAAACUCGUUAUCUCUUGA